CAUGGUGUCGUCAUUACGCAAGGGGUGGCGACGUGGAAAACAUGGUGGAGAGGAGUAUGUAGAGUAAACUUAAUUGCCUCAGGUCCAGCACAAUUUCAGGAAUUUGCCUCUGUAAAUCACGCUCGAUAGUCUAAUUGGACUAAACUUCUGAUUUGUGUGUUUAAAAAACAAACAAAAAUUAACGUUUAACGGUCGUGGACAGAGAGAGAGAUCCGGUGGAAACUGCGAGAAGCGUUUAUGACAGGACUUGGCAUAUGCCCGGUUAAAAAAAGCAGUGAAGAGUGGUGAGUCUGGCUGAGCGGAGCCAGUAGAGAUGGGUGCCAACACCAGCCAGGUUAGUGACCUGUCUGACAACCCCAGCCUCAAGUCCCUGGUGGGCACAGAGUCCAUAUCGGAGAAUGACCCUUUCUGGAACCAGCUCAUCUCAUUCACCUUCAUCAGUCCCACCAGCAGUGGUGACUCCAAGUUGCUGGAAGAGGCUGUCAUCCCUUUGGCCAAGAUCCUCAUUGAAAACAAUCCCAGAACGGGGAACUUUGGCGCUCUUGUGAGAAUUUUCCUGGGAAGAACCAAAGAGCUGAAAAUCUCUACAGAAUGCCAAGAUCAGCUGUUUAUCUGGCAGGCCCACAAUGCACUGUUCAUGAUUCGCUGCCUGCUCAAGGUGUUCAUCAGGGAGAUGAGUGAAGAAGAGCUGCACCUACAGUUCUCCUACCAGGAGAGGGCACCAGGCUCCUGCGGAGUCUCUUGUGUAGAAACGGGCAGCCAAGACCUCCUUGAGGAGCUGUUGUCUAACCUCAUUCACCUGAUCGUUGAAGUGCCCCUGCUUGACAUCACCUAUAGCAUCCUGUUUGAAGCAGUGACCACACUGCUGGUGUUCUUCUCCUAUCAGCUCUUCCACAAAGAAAUCCUCCGAGAUGGAUUAAUCUACCAGCACAUCAUGAAGGGACGAUGUUUGUGUUUAACCAGUCGACUGGUGAAGACCCUGCUCUAUAACUUCAUCAGGCAGGAAAAAUGUCCACCUCCUGCAACCCACAUCUUCGAGCCAAAAGACGAGGGAGGCCUGCUUUAUGGCCUGGCGUCCGGGGUGGCAAGUGGACUGUGGAGUGUCUUCACAUUGGGUGGAGCUGGCAGCAAAGCUGGGAUAGACCAGGAACACAACCCAUUACCUUUGUCCAAUCAAAGCCUUCUGUUACUGCUGGUCCUAGCCAAUCUGACAGACGGACCUGACUGGCCCAACCCCUACCGACAGGCUAUCACUUGUUUCAGAAAUACACAAGACACAUCAUCGCUGUCCAUGGAGCAACCUCACGCCUUCCAGAUCAAUUUCAACAGUCUGUACACAGCGCUGUGUGAGCAGCAGCGCUCGGACCAGGCUACACUACUAUUGUACACCCUCCUUCACCAGAACGCCAACAUGAGGACAUACAUGCUAUCCAGAACUGACAUGGACAAUCUGGUGUUGCCCAUCCUCGAGAUCCUUUACCAUGUGGAGGACAGAAAUUCUCACCAUGUCUACAUGGCCCUCAUUAUUCUGCUCAUCCUCACUGAGGACGAUGCCUUCAAUCGCUCCAUCCACGAGGUGGUAUUGAAGAACAUCUCAUGGUACACAGAGCGGUCAUUGACAGAGAUCUCGCUGGGCAGUUUGCUCAUACUGGUGGUCAUCCGCACCAUCCAGUUCAAUAUGACCCGGACAAGGGAUAAGUACCUCCACACCAACUGUCUGGCUGCACUUGCCAACAUGUCAGCCCAGUUUCGUUGUCUCCAUCAAUACGCUGCCCAACGCAUCAUCAGUUUAUUUGCUUUGCUUUCCAAGAAGCACAACAAGGUUUUGGAGCAGGCAACACAGUCUCUGAGAGGCAGACAGGGAGACAACACAGCCCUCCCUGACUAUGCCCAGGACCUGAAUGUGAUUGAGGAGGUGAUCCGCAUGAUGCUGGAAAUCAUCAACUCUUGCUUGUGCAACUCUCUACACCACAACCCAAACCUGGUGUACGCGUUGCUCUACAAGAGGGAGCUCUUUGAGCAGUUCAGGACGCACCCAUCUUUCCAGGACAUCAUGCAGAACCUGGACACGGUGAUCGGCUUCUUCAGUCAGCGUCUGGAGCAGGCUGGAAGUGACCUGUCAGUUGAGAGGGUUCAGGAGGUCAUCAUGAAAGGCGCCCAGGCCCUGCCUACAGACAGACUGAAGAAGUUCCCAGAGCUCAAGUUUAAAUAUGUGGAGGAAGACCAGCCGGAGGAUUUCUUCAUCCCUUACGUCUGGUCCUUGGUCUUCAACUCUGGAGUCGGCCUCCACUGGAGCCCGCAUGGGAUCGAGCUGUUCAGCAUGGACUCUGGCUGAAAGAUCUGCAGCAGCAGCCUUUGCGUCUUCAUCCUCGUUCAGUAAAAAAAAAAAAGACUGACGGCAUGUGUGUGUGUGUGUGCGUGUGUGCGUGCGUGUCUGUUCGGGUGUGUGUGUGCGCAUUGCCCUUUAUAGUAUGUGCACGCUGCUUUGAAAGUGCCUCAACCUUGUACAGAAUGAUGUUUCCUUUCUCUCUUUUUUUUUGAUGCUGCACAAACUCUUUUUCCCUCUUAUAAUAAUUCCUCUGCUUCGACACUGUGAAGCUUCAGUUCACACAGUAGCACCCACCGUGUGUACAGUCAGUCCUGUAGGGAAUACCUAUUUAACAUUUGAGCAGCUUUACCUGGUUCCACAGCACAUGCCAAGUUACAUCUCUUAUGUAAAGCAUUUUGUUAUUGUGAGGAGCUCAGGACACUGGCGAUGGAUAAUCCUACUUUUUUUUUCUUGCUUAUAAAGAAAAAGGUCAAUUAAAACACAUGCACUAUGCGUUACACAUGCUCUGGUGAACAUUAAUUUACAGCUGCACUGAAUGCAAAGAAAUUGUUCCAACUUAAUAUUCAAGACGGGCCACAUGUCUUGGAAGACACAGCAUACGUUUAAUAAAUAACUUAUAUGGUUUUAAGUAUGAUUAUCUCAUAAAUAAGCAUUUUAUUUUGGCCAACAUUGUUCUCUGAAUACGAUGGGUUUGUAUAAAAGAUCUGUUUUUGUGAAAUAAAUUUAAAAAAAAGGGUCAGAAAAAGAACCAACCUCUGUUUUGUUGGAACAUUUUUUAUUUUUUUUCAGAUUUGAGUUCACCAGAGUGUUGCUUGGUGGCCAGCCCCAAUAACCCACAUUGGAUUACAGUUUAAUUAAUGCUUAAUUUCAGUCCCUGGAUAAUAUUAGCAGUCCACAUCGCUCUGAUUCAUGUGAUUUCAUUGUUGCUUCCAGCCCAUUUAUUUGACUUUACCCUGUCUUUGUCGUUUCCAUUUUAUUCCGGAUGGUAACCCAAGGCAAGUACUUAAACUAGGACAAGUCAUUAAACCUCCUGUCCUAUUGUGCGUAAUUACAGUUGUCUCUUUGAUUUGUCACUUUAUUUGCAUGUUUAACUAGAGACUUUGUAUUAAAUUAUUUAUUUCCAUGUAUAUUGUUUUUUUUAUAUAUAUAUAUAUUCAGCACCUCAAAAUGUAAAUGGUGGUAGUAGUACUGAAAAAAGUACUACCAAUGAACAGAAACACGCUGGUACUAUACUUUAAUUCUUCCCAGGUGGGAAACUGGCUUUAUAUUAUUACAUAUAAUAUGACAACAGCUGUCAUUUUGUGGCAAAUAUUACUUUGAAAAUAGGAGUUUAAAUAAAAAUAUGAAAUCAAAGCAACCAAAGUGUCACAUGGUUAUUAAGCGAAGUGAUAUACUGUAGCAUUCAGGGAAGAACAUGGACAUAAAGAGGGAAUUAUGUCCAGCAGACAACACUGUGCUUUCAUAGCACUGAAUGCAAGCUGAGCUGUCAAUCCUGGGGUUAUCAAAUAAACCGGUGUCUCCUGUUUAGCAUCUUUGGAUAGGUUUUUAUUUGAAAUAUUAUGUGUCCUCUAAGAAAGAGCUAGGCUAGUUCUUUCCCCCUGCUUUGAACAUGCUGUUGGCGGUAGCCUCUUUUCAGAAAACACUGCAUUUCCCCAAACUGUUGAA